AUGGGUGAAAACGGUCCUUUACGUUUGGGUAUCCCAGUUCAGAGUUCAGUUCAUGAAGCUCUCCUUUCUCGGGAUUGGCAGGUCCCUUAUAGAUCGAGAGACCAAAACGUUGCAACUGUGCGCUCCCUGUUGCAAAAUUAUGCGUCAAAUCAUGAUCUCCUUGUACCUGACAUCUUCCUUUGGGGUCCACAAGACCGCAAGCAACAGGAGUUCUCAACGAAAAUCACAUGGGAGCACUUAAGACCGAAGGAGGAAAAUAAAAGUUGGUUUCCGGCAGUUUGGUUCAAGAAUGCAGUUCCAAAGCACUCCUUUAACUUCUGGGUGGCAAAUCUAGAUCGUCUCCCGGUAAAUGCCAGGUUAGCUCAAUGGAGCCCACACCUCAGUCCUCUCUGUACCUUUUGCUCUGACCAUGAAGAAUCAAGAGAUCACAUGCUCAUUACCUGCGUGUUUGCCACUGAGAUCUGGAACCUUCUUUUCAGACAUCUGGAUAUCUAUCCAAUCCAGUUUCAGUCUUGGAAUGAUCUUAUACUGUGGCUCCUGGAGCCUAUCAGUUCGGGUAAAAGCUCCCUGCUGCGGAAAUUGGCUUCACAGGCUGCAGUCUACCUCAUAUGGAGAGAGAGGAACAACAGAUCGCAUGAUGCACCAGCUACUCCUCCAGAUAUUUUGUUCAAACAACUCGACAGACUCAUUAAGGAUAUUCUACUUGCUAGAAGACUCAAGAAAGGCUGCUUAAGUCUUUUAUCUCUUUGGCUCUCGUUCGGCUAA